AGAGUGAUGGAAAUAGGUAACCAGAUUUAAUGCAUUUCUUAGCCAACCUUGCACCAGCUCAUAGCAUGCCUCUCAGGAACUCUGAGCUUCCAUGACGGUUUUAGCCAGCAGAGCUCUCUAACUAGCUGACGGCUGAGGUAGAGGAAAGGAAAAGCGCGCCUGUCCUUCUGUCCUGCUGAAAUGAGCCUCAUAUGCACACGUCUGCCGAAUCAGGAGGAGUUCAUGUGCUUCUUUGGUGCUUAGCAAGAAAGCAGAACCAACAAGGAUUGCCACUGUUUGCGACUGACGCCCUGGCAUGCCCCUGACGACCAGUUUGAACUUGUUAUUCUGAAGUCACCCAUGGAAGUGAAACUUGCUGCUUUCGCAACAAGCAGAAGGACAGGGCUGUGGACAACAGUGGACACGAAGCAAAAAGACCAGUCCUCUAGAGCGCUAAAAAAAAAAGAAGGUGUGACUAGGCCUAAAGCACUGGAGUAGGCCCAACUAGACUUUGGACUCUUAAUGAGGUCACAGCAAUGCUGACAUUGCCUCUAAACCCAAAGACAUCAUCAUGCUGAAGACGGAGGCUUCGGGGGAGAGGACCAGCCUCCGCAGUGCCUCCCCCCACCGUAAUGCCUACCGGGCUGAGUUUCAGGCACUUAAGAGGGCCUUUGACCAGCCUCGGAUUGAUGGGGACUCGAAGCCAAAAGACCUCGAGCGGGUGAAACAACCGAGGGGUCGCCAGUAUGGCGCUCACGUCAGUCGCAUUAAGGACAUGUUCAUGCAGAUGGGCUCAGAAAAUACAACCAGUAAAGCCAGGGGUCGGGAUGAAUCCUCGCUGCAAAAACUAGUGAAGCCCACCAACUUUAUCAACAAAACUGAUGGAUCAGUCAUCAAACUUCAACAUUCUUCAUCUGCUGAGAGGAUUGGGGGUGCAGGGGCAAAGUUUUCCGAAACCAGGAAACUAUUUGAACAACAGUCACGUGACCAAUCCCAAUCACCAGUCUUUCCCUACGGACGCGAUAAGAGGGGCUCUCAUGAACACCUUGACGACUGGAGAGGAGCGAGGUCCAACAGAGGCAGCACAGACUCUCUGGACUCUCUGUGCUCCAGAACCGAGGCAUCAUCGCCAACCGUUAGUCAGCUCAGUGCUGUUUUUGAAAAUGCUGACCAACACAAUCAAGGGGGGUCCUAUAGAGGAGUCAGUAGGCGAGCCCUCUACUCACCUGAUGGAUCCUACCGCCAAGGAGGAGAUCUCAGCGAGGAUGAGUCACAACAAUCUCCAAUCCGCGGAAACUACCGGAACAAAAUCGGGGGCAAGUUUCCUGCGUCUUCAUCCACUGAGGACUUCCUGAGCCCCAGUCCUGGAGCAGAUACUUCUGAAGCCAAAAAAGAGAGUUCACGAGAUAAAGAGAUCCAGGACAAAACCGGGGAAGCUUCUAGAAGAGACAGGCAAAAUUUGUACAAUGCUACCACCAAUGGAAGCCAAGUUAAUGGCUCUUGUGAAGAAGAAGAAAACCCCUCAGACUCACUGACAUUUUUUGAGGACCAAGAAGUCAUCAAAGCCUCAAAAUUUACACAUAGUACUGUGAUUACUAAUAAAACUUUUGAAGAUGUUACGCAUGAGCUGCUGCCCUCCACAACCCCGCAAACUGGAGAAAGCAAAGAUGACGUGGAUGCUUUGAAGCAGGAAACAUCCCCUGAAUCACCCAAGGACCAAAUUGAAGUACCGGAGGAGGAAUAUACAGGAAAUGAGAGGGUGAUUUUCAACGCAGAUGGGGACGCCUGUUACCAGGGAUGGGGGGAAAGCUGCACCGAUCCCGAUGAUGACCUGUAUGGUGAUGACGAGGAUAUUGUCUACGACCCAGGCUCCGAUGUGACGGAGAUCCCUGGUCUGCCGGAAGAAAACAAGGAGGACAUCCCACCAAAGAGGAAGAUUUGCUUCAGCACGUCUCCCAUCACAGUGUUCAACACCUACUCCAACGAGGACUAUGACCGACGUAACGAGGAAGUGGAUCCUGUGGCCUCCUCGGCGGAGUACGAGCUGGAGAAGAGGGUGGAGAAACUGGAACUCUUCCCCGUGGAACUGGAGAAAGAUGAGGACGGCCUUGGGAUCAGUAUCAUCGGGAUGGGUGUCGGCGCCGAUGCUGGCUUGGAGAAACUGGGCAUCUUCGUGAAGACCGUCAUCGAGGGUGGAGCUGCCGAGAGAGACAGCAGGAUCAAGGUGAAUGACCAGAUUGUGGAAGUGGAUGGGACCAGUCUGGUGGGUGUGACCCAAAGCUUUGCUGCUUCAGUCCUGAGGAACACGUCAGGAGUCGUUCGCUUUGUGAUUGGCCGAGAGCGCCCAGGUCAGCAGAGUGAGGUGGCCACGCUCAUCCAGCAGACCUUGGAGCAGGAGAGGAGGCAGAGAGAACUCCUGGAGCAGCAGUAUGCCCACUAUGACGCCGACGACGACGAGCAGACGGGGGAGUAUGCCACCGAUGACGAGGAAACGGGAACAACGGCGGGUGGCGAGAAGAGCAUAGAGGUGUUUGAUCUGCCGGAAACGGAAGAGAUCUUGUCUCCUUCAGAGUUGGAUGCCACUAAGCUGUACCAGAAGUUCAGAGAGCUCCAGAUCAAGCACACAGUGACAGAGGCCGAGAUCCAGAAGCUCAAAAACAAGUUGGCGUCCGUUGAGAAGGAGAAGCAGCGCUGGGAGAAGGAGAAGAGCCAGCUGAAGGCCAGCAUUGAGGAGAACAAGGAGAGGAUGCUGAAGCUGGAGAGCUACUGGAUCGAGGCGCAGACUCUCUGCCACACCGUCAACGAGCAUCUGAAGGAGGCCCAGGCCCAGUACCAGGCUCUGGAGAAGAAAUACAACAAGGCCAAGAAACUCAUUAAGGACUUCCAGCAGAAAGAGGUGGAGUUCAUCCAGAAGGAGGAUGCAGAGAGGAGGCGGCUGGAGGAGGCUGAGAAAGCUCACCUGGCUGAGAUCCAGGGACUGCAAGUUAGGAUUGCAGCAUUGGAGUCUGAGUUAAUGCAGCUGAUGAAGCAGAAUGGCAUCCAGGUCAACAACAACAACAGCAACAGUUCUGAGAGGCUCAGCGCUCAGCAGCACAGCCCGAGCGGAGCUGCAGCUCAACCUAGAGAAGUUGACGAAGGAUCCCCCCACUCACCCAGCAUAAAGACAGGCUGCACCGGAGACGGCAUCAGUUUCCAAGAGGGACAGAUUUCUGAGGCUCUUGGUAGUCCAGCACGUAGUUGCUUUGGAUCGGUUCGCUGCGAUUCGAAAGACGGUUCCCCCAGAAAAACACAACAUGGUUCUCAGUCAGUUGGAGAGUCAAGCCUGGACGAACACAGACAAGCUCCAGACCCUGGUUCCACAGAACCGUCAGCAGAUGGCAGUGUGCCGAAACCAAAGGAUAAGGGCUCACUUACAUGGCCCCAGUUCUUCUCCUACUCAUAUUAUGUGGCGCCAACCGUUGGCGACGACCUGAGCGCCAGCAGCAGCAGCAGCUCGGUGGAGAUCAGUGGUCUGCUCAGCGCCACCAGGGUGUCGGGGCGCUCACACACCCCAGUGCUGUCCUCGGAAGAGAGUCUGGAUAUGAUAAAUGAUGAGAUUUUAGAUGAAGCGCAGCCUUUGAAGCAGCACCAGUGGCAGAGCCGCAGCAUUACGGACUGGACCUCGCAGCAAGUGGCGCGCUGGCUCACAGGCCUCAAUUUAGAACACCAUAUCCCAGAAUUCACUGCCAAAAACGUAGACGGGGAGCAGCUGCUGCAGCUGGAUAGUGCUGAACUCAAGACUCUUGGUGUGACUUCUUCCCAGGACCGCUCCCUGAUCAAGAAAAAGAUCAAAGACCUCAAAGUUCUGAUGGAGAAGGCCCGGCGCAACCAGGAGAAAGUGGAGAAACAACGCGAGAAGAAACGGAAGAAAGAGCUGGAGCAGCAGCAGAAAGAUGCAUGCAAAGAAACCUCCACGGAGUGAAAAGAACCCGACCUCCUGUUGUUGAACUGUAGCGCCACACGGAGUAGCAUCUCGCGGAGCAGAAGGUCAGCAGGUCCCUCGUAGAAACCCAGCGGGACGCCUGCUCUGUAGUUCUCAAAGUUGGAGCUCCACAGCUGACCGUCAGAAGGGGCUGAGUGACCUAUUCCCCUGGCAUACCAAAACUAAAACUAGCUUUUGGUUGGUGGAAUCCUGUCCGUCAUUUUCCCAGUUUUCUCUCCCUUACCCCCUGUCCAUCCUGUAAUUUUACCCUUUUUGACGAGUUAUUAAGUUCUAUUUAUUUUGCUGUUUAUAGCUGUAAAUUGGGUUUUAUUUAUUCAUAUCCAGAGUCAAUCUGUGAUGAAGUUCAUCUCAUCUUCCUCCCAUAUCAUCAUAGACAAAACACAUGUUCAUGUACAGUGAUAAACACAAAUACAGAUACGUCUAACGUGCCAUUUUAAUAGACUUGUGAAAACCUAAAUGAGCAGAAUCUACUGUUUUUGUGAAGCAGGUCAGGUCUGCGAGGUAGAUUUUAAAAGGACAUCCCUCAUCUCCCCCCACUGGGUGUCUCCAUGACUCUUAUUUCUUCCACCCAAGGAACCAGAACAGAGAGAGAAGAAGAUCUGUUGGAGAACACUGGAAGUGCAAACACUGAAAAUGUUGACUUUAUACAUCAAAAAGCAGCUUGACUGAUAAAAGACGUACUGUAUUCACCGGGCUGGGUUUGUAAGUGAUUUUCAGGUACUGUGCAAGCAGUGAAUUUGUAACCUAAUCUAAUCCUCAAGAAGCUCAUUUACUGAAACGUCCUACUCAUAUGCAUAAUGUUGCUCCGACUCCACUAAUAUCCUGCUUUUGACCUCGUUUUGUAAGUCGGUAAUAAAGUUAAACCCCGCUGCUGCCUUUAGACAUGCUAGAGUAGUUGAAUACUUCCUGAGCUCUACCUGCUUCUGUGUGCGUGUCGAAACAAAUGCUAAGCUAAUUCUCUUAUAUUCUUUCUUGUUGUUCUUUUUGAUAAUUCACAUGCAAACAUCAUGCCUGACGCUGUAAUGUUACACUGGAAAUCCACAUUGAUUAGAGAUGUACCGAUUAGACUUGUUGGCCAAUUUCAGAUGUCCAGUUUUUCUAAAGCUUGAUCAAGCAAUGCCAAAUUUAGCUGUAUUCAAAUCUGAAAAUGUAACAGCAUUUUAAAAUGUUUGAUAAAGCUUCGAUAAUGUUAGUCACCAUAAGAGCUGUUCUAUUAUUUUAAAACAGAAAUAAAAUGGUUACAAAGUUCAUGUUUUAUGCCAUAGUUAGCAUCAGGAUUAACACAGCUAGCAUGUGUCAUAUUACAAAAAAACUGUGAGAUUUACACACACACACACAUGCACACACACCCCCACACACAAACACUCAUUAACAAAACAUCUCCUAAUUCAGAAUAUUUAAUAACAUAGAGUGAAAGCUGAAUUGGAUAACAUAAAGCAGCUUUGCAGUACAUUUACCCUUCCUGUUACAUGCUGAAAGUUUUGCCCUCUCUCAUUCUCUUGCAGCAUGAGCAAAUUCUAGAUAUGCCAGGACCUGCUGUAAAAGAAAAACUGAUUCCUGCAGGAUCUAAAAUAAUCUACAUUUAGCUAGAUUUGACUUGAAUCUACAUAUUUCAGUGGUUGACUAAACUCACCACUAAGUUUGAAACUAACAGUAAGUAAAUUAUUGAUGUCUAAGGACUGUAGCUACAUGUCAGAGCUAAAAACAUCAACUUUAGUUGCUAAAGUUCUAUUUAAUUUAGCUUUUUUUUUCCAAUAAAUUAAAUAUAAGCUUUUAGGUAAGUAUGUUAAUGACUUACGUGAAGUUUUCUUUGUACAAGUCAAUGUAUAAUGGUCUUAAAACGAUCCUACAAGUAUGUUGUUGUUAUCACAACCUGGUAACAAGGUAACACAAGAUACUGUGAAUUUCCCAAUUGGAAAAAAGAUCGGAUUUUUGAGUUGGUUGGAAAUUCCUUGUGACUAAUUAAGUUCUGAUUCCGGUCGCUAGCCGAUCUCUCGGUGCAUCUCUAUCAACAAUGUCUUAUCCAAUUCUGUAUUUGAUUCAGCUGAAACCAUAACCAAUACUUGUUAGGUUGCUUCAGAGUUAUUUAAAAUGCUAUUUAAGAUUAUGAAAAGUAUGUUUCUUGUUUCCAAAGGAGCAUUUUGUAGGAUUUGCGCCACAUGAUUGGAGUAAGCCCGUUCUGUUCAAGAAGCCUUAUUGACUUGCUGCUAACAGAUUAGGAACAGGCAUUGUCGCAGCAUCAUCAGUCACUAUUAUUUAUCUAUUCAUAUAUUUUACUAAGUAUAUAUCUGUUGUUUUCUUAACUUAUAAAUAUAAAGAGUUUUAUUAACAGCUAAUAAUGAUUUAUCCAGAAUUGUACGAAUAUACCCUUUUUCCAAAUCAUGUAUGAAUCCUCCCAUUAAAACUCAAACGGAAAAUGAGAAGUUCAUCCAAAGAGAGAAGGAUACACAGUAGUAAUUUCCUGUUGUGCUUGUGGUUUUCCUCUCUUGCAACCAGAAUGCUGCUCCAGCGCUACUGCUAACGAAUAAUUCCUACAAAAUAUUUUGUAACCCUCUGUGAAUACACAGCAAACUGGACUCCUUUGACUCAUUUCUUUUGUAUGUACAGUUAAACACUAAAAGCAAUAUGGUGUAAGGAUCCUGCAGAAGCCUCGUUUUAUAUUGUGUCAGUGUGUUUGCACAGUUCGUCAGAAGCUUGAGGAGACCCCGAGCCACCAGCGGGACUCCGCGGUGCAUCUUCUCUGAUGUCUUUGAUUGACCUUGCCCGGACUGACUCAUCCCAUGUAUGGAUGAGACACCGGUGUUCCUGGCAGGCCAAAGAAAUGCAGAUGGUUCAAGUAUUGAUCUGGAAGUGUUUGUCUUUUUAUGUGCAUUGAGAGUGAAAGAACGUUGCCAUUGACAGUAAGUCCUGCUUUUACCCUUACAAAGCUGCCCCACUUUGUCUUUGCCUUGCUCCUUUGGUUGUUUUUUUUUUUUGUUUUUUUUUGCAUUCAGCAGAGUUUGAAAGGGUAGCAACCUGUCACGCUAAAUAAAAUGUGCGGUCAUUGUCCACAGUU